AUGUCCCCAAAGUGCCCAGUGCCGCAUCUGCAAGACAUAACGCUCUCUUUGGUCGGCAGACAAUUGAUACACGCGCUGUCUCGUGUUACUUCCGAGGAGGAUGUCGCCCUGCCCUUCGCUAUGGUGUCCUCUUACUACGAGAUCAUGGGCGCCACGAAUGACAUAUUUCAGGACCUCCUCAAUCUGAUACUCAGCUCGGAUUACCUUGAGCCGUCCGUCCGAUACUUGUCAAUGAAGCUGCUGCUGAAAGAGAACGUGAAGAGCCUGGUUACGGGCGUCUUCCCAUGUCCGUAUUACAGGAAGGUCCUCGAGUUGAUCGCGGAACAGGGGCGACAUUUGACAGCGCUCAAUUUGAAAGGUGUGUGGGUGAAAGACGAACAUCUGCCGCUCUUCUACGAGCUGAUAAAGAACCUGACAAACUUGACCACCCUCAAUAUACCUUACAUGGCCAACGACGAAGUGCUCAAGUUCAUCGGCGAACACAACAAAGUGCUCAAGUUACUCGACGUGUCAGGUGAGACGGAUAUAACGGAGAUCGGCAUCGACGCUAUGCUCACUAGCAACCCUCAGCUGACUCGGAGCCUGACUGUGGUGAACAUUGGUAUGUACGGCGAGGAAAAUGUCGACCAUACCGACGUGGCACUGCUCAUUCGAAUGCUGCCCAACCUGACGAACCUCGGCAGCUAUUCGUUCGUGGGGAAAUCCAUCUACCACAUCCAAAGCAACGGCUGCCCGCCAGAUUUCAAAACUAAACUACAGUACAUGCACGACACCCGGACCAAUUUGAGGACGAUGAAGGCGAUAGUCGCACUGUGCCCCAUGUUGGAGACAAUAUAUCUGGAGGAGCCCGAGCAAUCGGUGCUUCAGCUUCUAAAGGACUUGAGCUUCGUGAACAAAAUCAAACUGAACAAGUUCCAGUGUCACGAGCUUCAUCAGCUGUUGGACAAAAUUGGCUACAGAAUCGUGACGCUUAUGCUGUCGGCAUCGUUGGGUUCGUUCAACUUUACAAGGAUAGCGGAGACGUGUUCAAAUUUAGAGAGCUUAGAGUUCUACCAGAUACAGACGGCGACGCACGAAGAGGAGGUACCGUUUAAUAAAUUGGAGCACAUAGAAAUAAUACACGGUAACCUUUCGACGCCGUGUUUGAAGUAUUUAAUGACGUCCUCACCGAAACUUAAGAAGUUAAUCAUUGGGGAUGAAAUCCUACUAGACGACAAUGAUAUAUCACGAAUGUUGCGCCGCUACAAAUUCGACAAUCUGGAAGCGCUGUGGUUCCCAAACGCGCCGCGGUUGACUUGCAAUUCGGUGGAACUGUUGAUUGAGACCUGCCCCAAACUGCAGAGCCUAGGCCAGCUCAGCGGCUGGAGGUUCACACCGGAUGAGAUGAUGCUCAUGAGGGCUAUCUACGCGAGCACAAACACCGACAUCAUACUGUCCCCCCUCGGUAUAUUCCAACAGGGAAGU